AUGGCUGAAGCAGUGCUCUUCACCCUGACUAACGACAUACUGAAACUCGCCGGUUCCAACAUCUUUUCGAAGAUCCAACUUGUACGAGGUGCGAUGGAUGAUCUCAGCCGUCUCACGUACACCGUAAAGACCAUACAAACUGUGCUUUUGGAUGCCGAGAAGAAACAAUGGGACAGAGAGCAGGUCAAGCUCUGGCUCGUGUGGCUGAAGGACGUGUUGUACGACGCACAAGACUUGCUGGAUGAUGUCGCAACCGAAGAUCUGAGGCGGAAGGUCACUCCCCACAACAAGAUGUCGAAAGCGGUAUGCCUUUUCUUUCCCAAAUCAAAUCAGCUAGCACAGCCCUACAAAGUGGCUAAAAGAAUUCAAGAAAUUAGGAAUAAAUUGGAUUGGAUUGCAAAAGAUAAGGAGUUCCGUUUAGAGGAGCAUCCGAGUGAGAAAUCAAUGGCCAUUGGGAGAGGAAAGAAAAUUGAAAAUUUCGCACCCGACAGUGAAAUAAUUGGUAGGAAAGAGGACAAGAAAGAGAUCAAACAACGUUUGUUUGCUCCCUUUCCUAGCCAGAGGUUUGCUCCCUCCCCUAACCAGAGCGUGUCAUUUGUUGCCAUAGUUGGUAAAGGAGGUCUUGGAAAAACUGCACUCGCACGACUUGUGUACAACGAUGGGGAAGUAAAAGAACAUUUUGAGCCUAAGAUGUGGGUGUGUGUAUCUGAUGUCUUUAAUGUGAAUUUGAUUAUCAAAGAAAUUCUUAAAUCAGCAAACUAUCCAGAUAUUGAGAAUAAGCCUCUAGACCAGUUGCCGAGUCUUCUUCGUAAGACUCUAGAUGGGAAGAAAUACUUGCUUGUUUUGGAUGACUUGUGGAAUACAGAUCGGGAUAAAUGGGUGAUGCUUGGAGAUUGGCUAAGGGAUGGUCUGCAGGGAAGCAAGAUACUUAUAACCACUCGCAAUCGUAGAGUUGCGGAGAUCACCAAUGCGAAAUUAGUUAUCUAUGAACCACGUGGCUUAUCUAAUGAUAAGUCGUGGGACUUAUUUAGGAAAAUGGCUUUUGGAGAUGGGGUAGAAUCGUUAGACCCAAAACUGGAGGAGAUGGGUCGAGAUAUAGUUAAAAAAUGCACCGGGGUUCCCCUUGCCAUUAGAACUAUAGGAGGACUUUUGUACGGCAAAAAUAAAGCUGAAUGGCUCCGUUUUAAAGUGCAUGAACUUUCACAAAUACCAGAAAUUGAUGCGGUUGAUGGAGGAAUUAUGCAAGUCCUUCAGUUCAGUUAUGAUCAUCUCCCAUCAUGCUUGAAACAUUGUUUUGCAUAUUGCUCAUUGUUUCCGAAAGAUUAUGUCUAUAAGAAAGAUAUGAUGAUCCAUCUUUGGAUGGCACAAGGCUUUAUUGAGUCACGCAACGGGGAGGAUAACCUUGAAGAGGUCGCCAACAGUUACUUGUCAGAACUAAUAUGUAGGUCAUUCCUCGAGGUUGAAUCAACAAUCAAAUAUGGCAAUGUCCACAAGGUCAAACGAUUCAAGGUGCAUGAUCUCAUGCACGAUCUUGCCCAAAAAGUUGCUGGAGAGUUUGCCAAAUUCAAUCACUGA